CCCUCAAGCCCAACACCACCCAAAUCUCUGGUUAUUGAGGAAUGGGCAUCAGCUGUCAAACCCAAAACAGACCCUGAGCUCAUCAACAAGCACAUCCUCAAGAUGGUGGAGUCUGUGUUCCGAAAUUUCGACGUCGACCACGAUGGCUACAUCUCCCAGAAGGAGUUCAGCAUUAUCUCGUCCAACUUCCCCUAUCUGGACAGGUUCAGUGUCCUGGAUGAGAAUCAUGACGGACAGAUCAGUCGAGAUGAGAUGAUCACCUACUUCAUGCAGGCAAACUCCCUGUUGAACUGCAAGAUGGGAUUUAUUCACAACUUCACAGAGACCACCUAUCUGAAACCCACCUACUGCGAGCAUUGCAAGAACUUUAUUUGGGGUCUGUAUAAACAAGGCUACAAGUGCAGAGGUAAGUGUUAAUCUCUAUCAGCAGCUGGAGGUCCUUAUAUC